AAGGCCUAAAAGCAGCGCACAAGCUGCCAGUGAUAUGAAAAGGGCGAGAAAAAGAGAAGACGAAAAAAGAGGCGCUUGAGAGAGAGAGAGGAGAUGCAGAGGCAAGAUGAAACGACGUCGUCGGGGCUGUACGGAGGGGAGAGAGGUGCUGGCGGCAAGCUCCGCAAACCGCCAUCACGGAAGCCGCACGCCACUCCCUAUGACCGGCCCCCGCCCAAUCAAUCCCGCUCCGACAACGGGCGAGGUGGAGGCGGCGGCUGGUUCUCCAAGCCCGUGAAUUUAGCCUACCGCCUAAUAUCCGGCGGCGCCACAAGGAUGUUGCCGUAUUUCUUCUCUAAAUCGCCUUCCACUGAUGUUCUUCCGACCUCCGAUGACCAGGAUCACGAUAAAUUGCAUACUGAGGCGCAAGAAGAUGCCAAUAAUGACAGAAAGGGCACUUUAAAUUUUGAAAUAUCCAGAUCUGCUGGAGUAGCAGGUCCUAGUGGAACUGCAGAGGGAGCUAAGCCCGUUUCUGGUUUUGAUCGGCACAUACAAGAUAAACAGGACAACCUACCUGAUGAUAGCGGGCUUUCUGAAAUUGAGCAGCUGAUGAAAGGGAAAAAAUUUUCUAGGGACCAAAUUGAUCGCCUAACAGAGAUACUGUAUUCAAGGGCAGCUGAUCUUUCUAAUUUUGAGCGGGAAAAGAAAAAUUCAAUUGUAAAUACAGGAAGAGAAGCUGAAGGGAAUCUCAAUGCCCAUGAAAUUUCAAGAAAAUCUGUGGAAGUAAAGCUGGACUUGAACAGAUCUAUUUGGGGAGUCUCUACUCCUCUUCCCUCGUCAACUAUACAAGAUGAAGUUGGUGCUUCACCUGUUGAAAUUGCAAGAGCAUAUAUGGGAACUCGAACAUCAGAAAUAGGACUUGGUUCUAAGAGCAUAAUAGCAAAAGAUGAAAGAACUUUCCUACAUAGUGAUGAUAUUGCAUCAAAUCCAUUUAUUGCAUCACCUUCACCAAAGCCACCUAUAUGCUGGCCAGGUGCUAUGGUACAGGAUCAACGCAGUUAUUUAACCCCACAGGGUCAAAGAAGCAGAUUAGGAGUUAAUAAUUUUCCCCGAACUCCCUAUUCUAGAACUAUUUUUUCAAAGCCCCACUCCAAGUCAACUCAAUCACAAGCUGAUAGCAGUAGGCACCUAAACACUCCAUCAACGCCCUUGCUGCAAUCACAAUCUCCCAUUUUUGAACAGGUGAAAUCAAGGAGCAAUGUGUUGGAUGACGGCAAUGGAUCUGUAGGGCCCAUUCGUAGGAUAAGAAAAAAGACUGUUUUGAGAACUCCCAGAGGACCUUCAUUUUCUCAUUCUGCUUUACAUGGCCCUGCACUGGUGGAAAAUUCUGAUGCAUCCAAAGGCUUCUUCCCUGAUGUCAAGAAGAAUUUGCAACCUGGAGCAUCAAGUAGCACUUCUAAAUUUCUGUCACUAGACAAUAAGCCACACAGCAAUGAAGUCAGUGUUCCAACCGUUCAUCCACAAUCUUCUCUGAUGGCUCGUAAGAUAUUGGAGCACCUUGAUAGAAAUCCACCGACCCCCAAAGAAAAGUUGGAUGAAUUAAAGCUAGCCACUACAUGGAAGAAACCGUCAUCUUCUGAAGUUGCUACCACAAGUGAAAAUACUGGGAGUGAACACAGAAGUAACUCUCUUUUCAAAGUUCAGCAGCCAGAAAGGAGGGCCAAUGAAGUCACUGAUUCUGUAAACAAGAACGCUUCAGUGUCCAACAUAGUCUUUGGCAACACCACUACAAAACAUAAUGAAAAUGCAGGGCCUUCAUUAGUUUCCAAAAAAAGUCUUGAUGUUCAAAUCAAGAGUCCACAUGAGAAGAUCAUGGGGUUCCAUGAUGGGAAGCAGAAUGAGAAAAAUCAGCUUUGGCCUCUUCAAAUUCAAACUAAUGGGCAGCAUACAUCUAAGAUGGUUCACUUUGGUGCUGGGUCUGAAGUACCCAACCUACAAAAGAAGCCCCAACCUCAGGUUUCGGGUAUUAAACCGAUCUUGACAUCUAUUUCCAUCAACAAACCUGAUCCAAGCACAAUUUCUUCUAAUAAUAGCUCUGGAUUUACAUUCCCUGUUUCUGCUUCUUUUGGUGUACACUCUGAGCCACCAACUCCAUCAAUCAUGCCGUUAUUCUCAGCCAGCAGUGUUCAUCAGCCAAAGGAGGGACAUGCUAUUCCUUCAUACAGUUUUGGCUCCAAGAGCUCUAACCCAGCUCUUGUUUUCUCUUUCCCCUCUACAAGUAGUGCCUCUGUCCCUAAUGAUGCUUCCAACCUCAAGUUCAACAUCGGAUCCGAUCAGAAGACUAGGUUAUCUUUCAGUUCAGUAGGGAAAGAUGCCAUCACUUAUGUCAACUGAAAUAGUGUUUAAAUAUUAGUUUUUUUUUUCUUUUUUCCUUGUUCCUUUUAUCUUUUUUAAUAUACUUCUUAUGGGUAUAAGCCGAUUCUUUUUUUUUUUUUUGCUUUUGUGUGUGUGUGUGAAGAAUCCUGAGUUCUAGCUCACAUGCUAUUGCCACUCUUUUUCCCGUUCUUUACUUUUCAUCUUUUUAGAUGUUUGAUUCGAAUUUUAUUAGCUACAAAAACGGAGAAAGAUUGGUGCAUUUAGCUUAUUUGCUUUAUUUUCUGAUCAGUUUGUGUUUUCUUGUAA